GUUUCUGACCAAUCAGAGCGACCCACGUUCAGAAUCAACCAUGGCGGCUCUAGGCUGUAGCAAAACUGCACUUUUCUACCAAAUUUCCUCGCUUUUCUUCUGUUUACUCCUAUCCUUCGGGCUAUGUGAGGAUUUCGAGUAUCCGUACGUAACGUGUGGGUCUGUGGUGAAGCUUCUGAACACCAGGAACAACGUGCGGCUACACUCUCACGAUGUGAAGUACGGAUCAGGAAGUGGACAGCAGUCGGUCACAGCUGUCGACUCCUCAGAUGAUACUAACAGCUAUUGGGCGGUGAAAGGAAAGGCGGACAAGCCGUGUGUGAGGGGAACUCCCAUCAAAUGUGGUCAGACUAUCCGCCUCAUGCACACCACCACCCGCCGCAACCUGCACAGCCACUACUUCCAGUCACCACUCUCACGGAACCAGGAGGUGAGUGCGUUUGGAACUGACGGCCUUGGUGACAACGGUGACUACUGGGCGGUGACCUGCAGCGGGACGUACUGGGAGCGUGAUGACCAGGUCAGGUUCAAGCACACUGCCACGGACACGUACCUCCACAUCACUGGAGACACCUACGGUCGGCCCAUCCACGGGCAGAGGGAGGUCUGCGCCUACCCCAAGCCGGACAGUGGCAACUUCUGGAGAGUGAUGGAGGGAGUUUUCAUCAAACCUACAGAGAACUCUGCAGGGGGGAAGAGAUGACUAGAUGAGCUUUAAAGGCACUUCUCUCAUCUGAUUGGUUGUAUCUUUACCAGUGAUUACUCUCCAAGGAGGUUAGGCUCAGAAUGUUUUUUAGGGCUUUCUGUUUGUA